GAAGUCCGCUAACAACAACAGUAUCCUGUUACGUCCUGAAAAACGGGAUGAAAAUGAUCAUAAAAGUCAUUCAAUGUUGGAUUUAUCAUCAUGGACAUGUUGUGCAAAGACUCGGAAAAGACACUGAAGUUCCAGGCCGCGCUACAAAUCUUCUGAAAGGGCCACAAUGGCACAGAAGCCCUGCCUGGAGCGGUGCACGUGUUAGCAUCUCAUCAAAACAAACGUGAGAUAAACUGGGGGCUUAAAGAAGAAGAAGGAUGGAUGUCACGGAGCGUUCACACCGAGAUGAGUGUUACAGAUCACUGUUACAGAGCACCUCUGGGCACCUCUGGGCACCACUGGGCACAUGCCCGUGAAACACUGCUGUACGUCACUGCUUCGUGAAACAACUGUUGCGCACCGAACUAGGAAGUGUCUCUCCGGUUCAACACCUGUCAGUCGCCCCGCCGCUGUCCACCCUAAAACAGCGCAGGGGCUGUUUCCGGCGGCGCUACGGGGCGAUGAUGCAAUCGGCGCAUGCCACGGGUUGUUGUUCUUUCCCCUACGAGUCAGCACAACCGGGGCGAGAGGGACAGAAAGAGAAAAGGGGGGAGACCGGGAAACACGCCACCACGCCACUCCGCAAAUGAAACAAGCGGCCGGGGCAGAAGAUUUCGUUGCAAUAUGACGGAGUUUUGGAAGGAGCACUCCAAGGAUGCCACAGUGGAGGAGAUGAUGCUGGACUCUCGUGCAAAGGAGCUGACUCAACAGGAGCUGCCCGAGAUCCUCUCAGUGCUGCCCUGCCUGACCGGGAGCAGAGUACUGGAGCUGGGAGCUGGCAUCGGUCGUUUCACCGCCCACCUGCUGACUAAGGCUGCCCAUGUGACAGCUGUGGACUUCAUGGAAAGCUUUGUGGAGAGGAACAGACAGGACAAUGGUCACCAUGACAACGCUGCCUUCAUCCAAGCUGACGUCACAAAGCUGGAUUUCCCCAAAAACAGCAUUGACUUCAUCUUCUCCAACUGGCUGCUGAUGUACCUGAGUGACAUGGAGCUGAAGUGCUUCAUAGAGAAGACGUUGGGCUGGCUGCGGCCCGGUGGCUUUCUUUUUUUCAGAGAGUCCUGCAACCACCGGUCAGGUGACAGCAAGAGGGACUUCAACCCCACCUGUUACCGCACUGAGGCAGAAUACAGCCACCUGGUAUCAUCGAUGCAAGUGGAGGGGCCUGAUGAGGGACUCGAGUUUGGUUUCGACAUUGUAAUGAAAAAGAAAGUUCAGACCUAUGUGGAGAUGAAAAACAAUCCCAAUCAAAUCUGCUGGCUGCUGGAAAAGGUUUCCCGCUCCUCAAACACCCCGAACGGAUUCUGCACCUUCCAGCAGUUCCUCGACAACCAGCAGUAUACCAGCCGCGGUAUCCUGCGCUACGAGAAGAUGUUCGGGGCUGGUUACGUCAGCACAGGGGGCCCCAGCACCACCAAGGAGUUUGUGGACCUGCUUAACCUGAAGCCUGGACAGAAGGUUCUGGAUGUUGGCUGUGGCAUCGGUGGAGGAGACUUCUACAUGGCAAAGACCUUUGGAGUGGAAGUGCUUGGGCUGGACCUGUCAGACAACAUGGUGGACAUCGCCAUGGAGAGGGCGAUCGCCGAGAAGCUGCCAUCAGUCCUGUUCGAGGUGGCUGAUGCCACGAAGAGAGCGUUCUCAGAAGGUUCCUUCGAUGUGAUCUACAGUCGAGACACAAUCCUGCACAUAGACGACAAACUGGCCCUCUUCAAACGCUUCCACUCAUGGUUAAAGCCAGGAGGCAAGUUGCUUAUCAGUGACUACUGCUGUGGGGAGAAGCCCUGGACACCAGUGUUCGAGGCCUACGUCAAACAGAGAGGCUACGUCCUUUAUACACCUUCGCAGUACGGCAAGUUCAUUCAAGAGGCCGGUUUCUGCAAUGUUCGUGCUGAAGACCGAACGGACCAGUUCAUCCAGGUGAUAAAGACAGAGCUGCAGAGAGCAGAGGCCAUCAAGGACGAAUUCAUUGAGGAAUUCUCUGAAGAGGACUAUUUUGCAAUAGUGAAUGGGUGGAGAGAAAAACUGGGACGUUCUAGCAGUGGAGACCAACGCUGGGGACUCUUUAAUGCAACAAGGGAUUGAGUGAUGGAGCGCAGGGGAUAAUAAAACAAAAUAAAAGGAAGGUUUCUUUC